AUGUUACCCUUUCAUGAAGCUGUAUUUAGAGGCCGGUACGUGGCCUUUAUGCUUAAGCGGAGUAGUACAUCAGAUACAAAAGUGGUCCAUCCUCCCAAUGCGAAGAAAAUUUCAAGCGAUAUGGUAGGCCCUCCAGAUCCUGUUUCCAACUUAAGAAGAAUUAUUUUUAAACAAUCGGCUAAUGAAACGAAAUUAGAGAAAAGAUAUAGGGAAUUACGCAUGGAGGUUCAAGAAUGGAAUCAAAAAUUUUGGACACAACACAACUCAAGAUUCUUUCAGGAACGGGAGGAAUACUUAAAGAAAAAUUUACCAGAAGGCAAGCAGAAUCUAACGGCUGAUGAAAUGAGUGUCUUCUACAAAUCCUUUCUCGACAAAAACUGGAAGAGUCACAUCACAUAUAACUUAGAGUGGUACAAAAAGAAUGUGGCAUUAUUAAUGUUAGCCAUACAAGUUAAACUUAGAAGAUUAUUUAAAUUAAAAAAAUUAAAUUAA